AUGGCCGUAAAGUGCAAACUGCAUACUUCUAGCAGGACUGUGACUCAUGUCUUUGAAACAUCAACGAAGAAAGUCCUGGAAUUACUCUGGUUCUGCUACUCUACUCCAACUCCACAGAAUGCCAGACAGAUCCUCAGCCUCCUACUUCUCUGCUUUGCCAUCACCAUUAGCACCACUGGCCUACUUUUCCACUGGCUUAAUGGGCUUCUAAUGUACCACUCAAAAACUGCAGGCAUUGCUGCAGUCAUCUAUGCUGUGGCAGUAUUUCUACUUUUGUUUCUUGUGCACCCAGUCCGUUGUGCCUUCACACUAAUGUUCCCAACUCUGGGCACCAGACAGGGACGAAAACUUAUUCUUUCCCUGUGCGUCAUGACUGUGUUGAUAUAUAUUCUACCUAACAUUGCUACGAACAUAGCAGAACUUACACAGCUGAUGAAGUGCACAUCGGAGAACCUGGCUCACAGUCUGCUCAACUCAUCUCAACUAAGCAACAGCAUAAAAAGAAACAUAGUGGAUAAAGUUAAACAAAUUAAGGAUUUAACAUCACCUUUAAUGGAACAACUGAGUGUGUUCGAUCACUCCACUGACAUUAACGUGCACGGGCUGAGAGAACGGUUGAAGAACUUGAGCAGACACGUAGGGGAGGAUUUUUUUAAAGCCAAACUACAACUAGAUGAACUAAAACUUAUUUCAAGAAGAAUCCUCGCUGCUGUUUUGGUGGUGUACCUUUUUGUGGAUUCUAGUAUUUACCUGAAGUCCUACUUGACAUCAAUGAAGUUUGAUAAUAUCUACAUCACAGGGAUGCUCAAAAGCACUGCUUCUCCUAAAGGAAUCCACAUUGAAACAAAGGAUUUAAAAGAUGGAGUGAACUCCACCAGCUUUAAAAUGACAAAAAAAGAACUCUUGGGAUGUCUGUCUCCCGUUCUGCUAAUCACAAUGUACCUGUUGAUGACAACCAUGCUGAUAAUACUCGACUAUAUUGUGCAUUAUGCUGUGGCAUCAGGUGGCCCUUGGCUUUUGGACAUCCCGCAGACUGUAAUCUCCAUGAAUAUUCAUUUUAAAGUUGAUUAUCUCCUUUUAGACAAAGUAACAUAUACGGUGAACUUAAACAGAAGAUACAGCGCUAUUAUAAGUUCUGACGUGACUCAGUGUAAGACCAAGCCAAGCACGCCAAGUGUAGGUGUUCUAUUUUCGCUGAUCCUGCUCUAUCUACUUAGCUAUUUUCUUGCUUUCUUGGAGGUCUACGCUCGACGGCUACGCAGAAAAGUGGCCGCAUCCUUCUUCCAGCAGCAGGAAGAAAAAAGAAUCAAGUUCCUUUUUGAGAAAAUUUUGAACAAGAAGAAAAGGCAUGUCAAACAUCAAGCUGUAAGAGAUCAGUAAUGUA